UUUUUUUCAAGCGGGGCAUUUCCAGCACGUGCCAGGCUCGGUGGAAGAUGCGGGUGAGCGCUCAGGAGGGGCUGGCGAGCCGCUGAACAUCUCCCUCCCCGUGCCUUUGUUGCAGGAGCGCUGCGGAUCGGGCGGUCAUGGAGGGAACCCGGCAGAGCAGGAUCUGCCGCCCGCACAAGAUCAGCGAAUCCUCCAAGGUGUACAGGUGGGAUGACCACUCCAGCCUGGUUCUGCAGAGCCUGAACGAGCAGAGGCACCGAGGGCUCUUCUGCGACAUCGUGCUGGUGGUGGACGAGCAGAGAGUGCCGGCCCACAGGAACCUCCUGGCUGUGUGCAGCGACUACUUCAACUCCAUGUUCACCAUCGGCAUGAGGGAGGCCCACCAGAAGGAGGUGGAGCUCUUUGGGGCCUCCUACAUCGGCCUCAAGGCCGUGGUGGAUUUCCUGUAUGGCAGCGAGCUGUCCCUGGACGGAGGCAACAUCGACUACGUGCUGGAGACAGCGCACCUGCUGCAGAUCUGGAAGGUGGUGGACUUCUGCUGUGAGUACCUGGAGAACGAAGUCAGCGAGGAGAACUACCUGUACCUGCAGGAGCUGGCCUCCAUCUACAACCUGAAACGCCUCGACUCCUACAUCGACUCCUUCAUCCUGCAGAACUUCGGCACUCUGUCCUUCACGCCGGACUUCCUGCAGAACAUCUCCCUGCAGAAGCUGUGCCAGUACCUGGACAGCAGCGACGUGCAGCAGGAGUGCGAGCACGACCUGCUGCAGGCGGCCCUGCAGUGGCUCACGCAGUACCCGGAGCGGGAGAACGAGGCUUACCAAGUGCUGGACAACAUCCACUUCCCCCUGAUCCCCAAGAGCGACCUGCUGCACCGGGUGAAGCCCGCCGUGUGCUCGCUGCUGCCCAAGGAAGCCAACUGCGAGGGCUUCAUCGAGGAGGCCGUCAGCUACCACAACAGCGUGGCGGCGCAGCCCGUGCUGCAGAGCAAGCGCACGGCGCUGCGCACCUGCGAGGAGCGCCUGCUCUUCGUGGGAGGGGAGGUGUCGGAGCGCUGCCUGGAGCUCUGCGAUGACACCUGCUUCCUGGACACCAGGAAGGGACAGUGGGUGGCAGAGACGCCCCUGCCCGCCCGCAGGAGUCACCACUGCGUGGCCGUCCUGGGAGGAUUCAUCUUCAUAGCCGGGGGCAGCUUCUCCCGGGACAACGGAGGGGAUGCGGCCUCAAAUCUCCUAUAUAGGUAUGACCCCCGCUGUAACCAGUGGAUAAAGGUUGCCUCCAUGAGACAGCGACGAGUGGAUUUCUACCUGGGAGCCAUCACUGACAUGCUGGUGGCUGUUGGUGGCAGGAAUGAAAACGGGGCCCUGUCCUCAGUGGAGACCUACAGCCCUCAGAAGGACUCCUGGACCUACAUAGCAGGGCUGCCCAGGUUCACCUACGGCCACGCCGGCACCGUGUACAAGGAGUUCGUGUACAUCUCGGGAGGCCACGAUUACCAGAUCGGGCCCUACAGAAAGAACCUGCUGUGCUACGACUACCGCACGGACGUGUGGGAGGAGAAGAGGCCCAUGAUCACUGCCAGGGGCUGGCACAGCAUGUGCACCCUGCAGGACAACAUCUACUCCAUCGGGGGCAGCGACGACAACAUCGAGACCAUGGCUCGGUUCGACAUCCUCAGCGUGGAGUCCUACAGCCCCCAGUGCAACCAGUGGACCAGGGUGGCCCCUCUGCUGCAAGCCAACAGUGAAUCGGGGGUGGCCGUUUGGGAAGGCAAGAUUUACAUCCUUGGAGGGUACAGCUGGGAGGAGGCUGUCUUCUCCAAAACAGUCCAGGUGUAUGAUAAGGAGAAAAAUAAGUGGUGCAAAGGGACGGACUUGCCCAAAGCGAUUGCCGGAGUGUCCGCGUGCGUCUGCGCCCUGAAACCCAAAACAGAGGACAAAAAGAAAAAGAUAAAAACAAAGAAACAUCAAGAUCGAGGAAGAUGACCACUCCUGGAUAGCCACCCUUGGGUGGUGGGCUCCUUGUAUUUAGACAUUUCUAUCUAACCUUAAUUCUUUUUCUUUUUAAACAGGGUGGGGAGGGCAUCUUCUGAAGCCUCAGAAAAUGUUCACUUGAAUGUGGUUUUUGGAUUAAACUCAUGUUUAAGGUAAAAACAACAAAACCAAAAACUCCCCCUCUUGCUAUACGAAGGGUGAUGUGGCCAGAGAGGUUCUGCUGCUCUCCUGAAUGUCAAGGCUUAGGCUUCUCCUUCUGUGGUUCAUGGCAUUUCCACAUACAUCGUAUUAUAUCGACGUUUUAAGGAGGUUUUUAAAAACAACUUUUCUACUUUUUUAUACCACAUUUUGCUAACUCAGUCUCUCGUUUGCCAUAUAUUACGUUGUUGACUGUAGAAGCUGCAGCUCUGUGCUCGUGACCCCGCUGUUGGCAUCAGGAGCUCCUGGUGUGAUGAUCUUUGGUGUCUGUGUGGCUUGGCCAGGCCGCGGAGCAGCUGCUGGAGCAGCGCUGGCAUUGCCAGCAUUGCCAGGCAGUCAGCUGGAAUCGGGACAUUGUCACAAUCCCAGCUCCCCAGAGCCCAGCUCGCCAGCCAUGCCCAUAAACACCCUUUAUUCUGAUCUGCUGAUCUGCUGAGUGCAUUUCAAGGGCUUUGCUUUAAAGUUCAGCUGUUGAUCAUUGCUGUUAUUUUUUCCUCAGUCGUCCUCUCCCAUCUCCCAUCUCCCUUUCCAUGUAUUUCAGAUUUCUUCCAUCUGGUGUGUGUGCAGGUGAUAUCCUGCUACCCCCAUUAUUUUGUCUUUUUUCCAGGUGAUAUCCUGUACCCUCCAUUCUUUUGUCUUUUUUUCCACGUGAUAUCCUGCUACCCCCAUUAUUUUGUCUUUUUUCCAGGUGAUAUCCUGCUACCCCCAUUCUUUUGUCUUUUUUCCCCCCCUCAAACUACUUACCUCAAUCAUUGGAAAACACUAAGAAAACAUUUUUGCACUUAAUUUCAUUUGAAACUCUGGUAAGAGUUUCUACUAAAGAAAGCUACUUUAAGACCUACUACAAGCACAUGUGUAAGGAAAGAGGUGACAAUAAAUUUCUGGAGUGCAAGGAGGUUAUAGGUUGUUUCUUCAAUGCUAAGAAAACUAGUUGGAAUUAAUUUUCUGAAACUCUUUGAGGGUUUUUUUUUUGGUGUUUUUUUUUUAAUUUAAAAAAAAGCCUCAGGAGUCAGGCUUUCAUUUGCAUUAAUGGAUUUAUUUUAAAGCCUUUGUGUACUGCAUGAGGUAAUGGUUAUUCUUUUUUAGCCUAAAAAUAAAUUUAAAACAAAAAAAAAACCCAAAUUGAACAUUUUGGUUAUGACAAACUCAUUGACAAGUUUGUGGGGUUAUUUUUUUUAAUAUCUGAAAUCCUUGCUAUGUUGACUGACAAGCACUUAACUUUUUGGGGACAUUUUCAUGUGUAAGUACAGAACAAAAAUUUCAGAGACUUGCUUUUUUCUGUUACUGGGUUGCUUGUUACUAUAUCCCCUCUUUUAUUGUGUUUAUGUAUUACAUUAAUGUCUGGGAACAAUAAAUCCAGUUUAGAAUAUUCUAUUCAUCACA